AGGAGUGAGCACACAAAUGGGACGUCUUUUCGUGUUCAUACCGGUGAAAAUGCACGAUGAUGCGCAACACGUUGCAAUCUUCUUCUUCACUAUGGCCCAUAACAAAGUGUCGGUUAAAGUCAGCUUUCCCUGGUACAAAGGUGAAGAAGGGCACAUCUCUAAACAACCUGACCACCAGACUGUAGAUGUUGACAGAAUGGGGACAUCCAGCCUUAUAAUACAUAGCGAUUACUUCAUCACACAAAACAGCGGACCGAGUUUCACGUACAAGUUCGAGGGUAACGAUGACUUUGGCAUCAACGUUUUACUGGAGCAGAACGAGUAUUCAGUGGACACGUUCACAGCGGUGCCAGUUACUGGCUGGGGAAAGAAGUAUUACACUAUGACUUUCAAAGAACAGGUGGCAAUCAACGUCGCAAAUGGCGAGACGGAGAACAAAAUUAGCAUCAACCUCAAGUCCCCAAACACUGACCACUCUAUAGAGUACAAGGGAAAACAAUACAAAGGUGGAGAAACCAUCGAGCAGGAUCUGAAAAAGUAA